GGGCCCUGCAGAGCUGGAGGGACGAAGCGGAGGAGCUUGCCCAGCGCUAUUCGCCCGAGCUCUGCCGCGCAGCCGGCCCGCCAGCCCGCUCUCCGGCCCGCCGUGUCUAGCAGCGGGGCCCAGCAUGGUCAUGGCGGAUGGCCCGAGGCACUUGCAGCGCGGGCCGGUCCGGGUGGGGUUCUACGACAUCGAGGGCACGCUGGGCAAGGGCAACUUCGCCGUGGUGAAGCUGGGGCGGCACCGGAUCACCAAAACGGAGGUGGCGAUAAAAAUUAUAGAUAAAUCUCAGCUGGAUGCAGUGAACCUUGAGAAAAUCUACCGAGAAGUACAAAUAAUGAAAAUGUUAGACCAUCCUCACAUAAUCAAACUUUAUCAGGUGAUGGAGACCAAAAACAUGUUAUACCUUGUGACAGAAUAUGCCAAAAAUGGAGAAAUUUUUGACUACCUUGCUAAUCAUGGCCGGUUAAAUGAGUCUGAGGCCAGGCGUAAAUUCUGGCAAAUCCUAUCUGCUGUUGAUUAUUGUCACGGUCGGAAGAUUGUGCACCGGGACCUCAAAGCUGAAAAUCUCCUACUGGAUAACAACAUGAAUAUCAAGAUAGCAGAUUUCGGUUUUGGAAAUUUCUUUAAGAGUGGUGAACUGCUGGCAACCUGGUGUGGCAGCCCCCCUUAUGCAGCCCCAGAAGUCUUUGAAGGGCAGCAGUAUGAAGGACCACAGCUGGAUAUUUGGAGCAUGGGAGUCGUUCUUUAUGUCCUUGUCUGUGGGGCUCUGCCUUUUGAUGGACCAACUCUUCCUAUUUUGAGGCAAAGGGUUUUGGAAGGAAGAUUCCGGAUUCCAUAUUUCAUGUCAGAAGAUUGUGAGCACCUUAUUCGAAGGAUGUUGGUCUUAGACCCGUCCAAACGGCUUACCAUAGCACAAAUCAAGGAGCAUAAAUGGAUGCUCAUAGAAGUUCCUGUACAGAGACCUGUUCUCUAUUCACAAGGGCAAGAAAAUGAGCCAUCCAUUGGGGAGUUUAAUGAACAGGUUCUGCGACUGAUGCACAGCCUUGGAAUAGAUCAACAGAAAACCAUUGAGUCUUUGCAGAACAAGAGCUACAAUCACUUCGCUGCCAUUUAUUACUUGUUGGUGGAGCGCCUGAAAUCACACAGGAGCAGUUUUCCUGUGGAGCAGAGGCUUGAUGCCCGCCAGCGGCGGCCCAGCACCAUCGCUGAACAAACAGUUGCCAAGGCACAAACUGUGGGUUUCCCAGUGACCACGCAUUCACCGAACAUGCGCCUGAUGCGAUCUACCCUCCUCCCACAGGCAUCCAAUGUGGAGGCCUUUUCAUUUCCGGCAUCCAGCUGUCAGGCAGAAGCAGCAUUUAUGGAAGAAGAGUGUGUUGACACUCCAAAGGUCAACGGCUGUCUGCUGGACCCGGUGCCUCCUGUCCUGGUAAAGAAGGGGUGCCAGUCGCUGCCCAGCAACAUGAUGGAGACCUCCAUUGAUGAAGGGUUGGAGGCUGAAGGAGAGGCUGAGGAAGACCCCGGUCAGGCCUUUGACGCAUUCCAGUCUACACGCAGUGGGCAGAGGCGGCACACUCUGUCAGAAGUGACCAAUCAGCUGUUUAUGAUGCCUGGUUCAGGAAAAAUUUUCUCCAUGAGUGACAACCCCUCCCUUGACAGUGUGGACUCUGAGUAUGAUAUGGGGUCUGUUCAGAGGGACCUGAACUUUCUGGAGGACAACCCUUCCCUUAAGGACAUCAUGUUAGCCAACCAGCCUUCACCUCGCAUGACAUCUCCCUUCAUAAGCCUGAGGCCUGCCAACCCAGCCAUGCAGGCUCUGAGCUCCCAGAAAAGAGAGGCCCACAACAGGUCGCCAGUGAGCUUCCGAGAGGGCCGCAGGGCUUCAGAUACCUCCCUUACCCAAGGAAUUGUAGCAUUUAGACAACACCUUCAGAAUCUGGCUAGAACCAAAGGAAUCCUCGAGUUGAACAAAGUACAGUUGCUGUAUGAACAAAUAGGAUCAGAGGCAGACCCGAACUUGGCAUCAGCUGCUCCUCAGCUGCAAGACCUGGCCAGCAGCUGCCCUCAGGAGGAAGUCUCUCAGCAGCAGAAAAGUGUUUCCACUCUCCCCACCAGCGUGCACCCUCAGCUGUCCCAGCGGCAGAGCCUGGAAGCCCAGUACCUGCAGCACAGACUCCAGAAGCCCAGCCUUCUGUCAAAAGCCCAGAACACCUGUCAGCUUUAUUGUAAAGAACCACCACGGAGCCUUGAGCAGCAGCUGCAGGAACACAGACUCCAACAGAAGCGACUCUUCCUCCAGAAACAGUCUCAGCUGCAGGCCUACUUUAACCAGAUGCAGAUAGCUGAGAGCUCAUACCCACAGCCGAGUCAGCAGCUGCCCCUGGCCCACCAGGAGACACCAUCGCCAUCACAGCAGCCCCCACCGUUCAGCCUGGCCCAGCCCCUGAGCCCCGUCCUGGAGCCUGCUUCUGAGCAAAUGCAGUACAGCCCCUUCCUCAGCCAGUACCAGGAGAUGCAGCUGCAGCCCCUGCCCUCCUCGCCAAGCCCUCAGGCACACUUGCAGCAGCAGCCACCACCGCCGCCUCCGCCGCCUCCUCCACCACAGCAGUCGGGAGCUGCCCCAGCACCCUUACAGUUCUCCUAUCAGACUUGUGAGCUGCCAGGCGCUGUCUCCCCUGAGCCAGACUAUCCCGCUCCCUGUCAGUACCCCGUGGAUGGAGCCCAGCAGAGCACAGUGGCAGCACCAGACUGUCCCAGGAGCUCAGGACUGCAGGAGGCGCCUUCCAGCUACGACCCUCUAGCCCUCUCUGAGUUCCCUGGACUCUUCGAUUGUGAAAUGCUCGAGGCCGUGGACCCACAGCACAGCGGCUAUGUCCUGGUGAAUUAACCUCAGCAGAGGAAGUGAGGCAGGUCGAGUGUAGGAAGAGUGUGUUUUUAUUUUUAUUCCAGCCUUUUACAUUUAAAGCUUAUUUUCCUGCCCUCUCCCUAGGGGGAAAAAUCAAGUUGCCCAACUGGAAUCAGAGGGCCUGGCCAGGCUGAUGUUGCUUCUUCCUAGCUCCGUCCCACCGGAGUUUUCUGUGGCAAGUGCUGGAACACAGUUGUAGGCUGACGCCCUCGGGUCAAUGGAGCAAACUCCCAUGGGAGACACUGACAAGUGUUUUUAUAAGAAGACGUCCAGACCUAGGUUUUAUCCAGAACUACACCAGUUAUCAAGGAAAACCUUGGUGAAUGCAGGAAAACUGCAUGCCAUUCAUUAUAUGUGGGGAGAAAGGCAGUAUUUUUCACUGAAGCCAAGGAACAACAUGUUGCCUAAAGGCAAAUCAAGGACACAUAAUGAAAUUGAUGAGCAGAAAUUAAAGUUGUACUUUGUCAUUGAAGCAUAAGUUCAAAGCUGCUGAUGAAGUUGUCCCCAAGACCAUCACAAAGCACUGGGGUGUGAGCUUUGUUUCAAGGGCCACCAAACACCAGCUGGUACUAACCCCUGAGAAUGGUGGUCAUCUCCAUGUGGGAGCAGGCAGCACAACUCUUCAGAAGGUGCCCUGGGUUACACACUCAGAGUGUCCUUGGCUCCGAAGGUGUCCCCUGUAGAACCCCCCUCCCCCAUAGUGGAGAUGAGAAACUCGAGAAACCAUCAAGAGCAGCAGCCCUGGGCCAGGGGAAGACAGGCUCUUCCUACAGAGUGUGUGCUGGGGACUUGUGGUUUGGGCAGCUGGUCAUCAGAGAACCUAGUGGCUCUUUUACAGUGUAAUAACUACUUUGACUUCACACUGUAUGUUGCUAGUAGUUUAUUGAGCUUUGUAUAUUUGGACAGUUUCAUAUAGGGCUUAGAGAUUUUAAGAACAAGAAAAAUGAACUUAUAUUUCCCAUGUGAAGUGGUAGUGCUGUGCCUUUUCCCCCAGAUCACGCUUUAAUUAUUUCUUUUCUGUAGAAACCAAGUUUUCCAUUUAUAUCAAUGCUAAAUCCAAAGUCACUUCAGAGUUUGCUUUCCACCAUGUGGGAAUUGUAUUCUUAAUUUUCUUAAAGUUUUGACUUGUAAUUAAAUGUUCAAGUAUUACAGCAAUAUUCAAAAACCACAGAUGUGUUAACCACUUAAGCAAAUCAUCUGCCAAACUCAUUAUAUUACUAAUAAAACUUAACCAUUACAAUUCAUUCAUCAAAGUAAGUAAAAAAUAGACGCUACAGCUAGUCAACUGUGUACCUAGAAGGAGCAAUCUGUCAUUUGGACAAUAACACACAAGUGUGACAAAUUCAGUAUUAUUUACAAAGACUGUCAUUUCUGUCCUUCAGAAUGGCUUGUCCUAUCUGCAGAUGAAUGCAUUAAGCACAAGCAUCUUCCUUAAAGCACAAAGAAGAGAGACAGAUACUACAUUGAUGCUGCAUCUAGGAACACCUUUAAGUUGCCUUUCCUCUUUGUGGUAAUUGUCUAGGCAGGCGAGAAGGAUGGACCAUCUCCGGAGGUCUGUUCUGCCCCCUAGCCCAGGCCCCACCAGCAUUGGUACCUUGAGCAGUGCUUGCUCCCGGCCCCCCUGAUGCCGGGACGCUUUGCAGGGGUGCUCUGUGAGGGGCUGGACCCUGGUGUUAGCCAGAAAGGGCACUAGGGAGGACUGUUGCCUUUGUGAGUUAAGAACACACAGUGGCAGUCCAGGAAGAAUGAAUCGUGUUCCUUCUGUGCAUUGUUUAUUCUUCCUCAUGGUUAAGAUUGAUGAUUUCUUCAUGAAAUAGAUAUUUCAUUUAAGAGGUCGUUCCAUUAAGGUCUCUGAUCUGUUUUAAGUCUUUGCAAAUACCUAGUUCUAAAACAACUUGAUUCAUUUAGAAUGAAGGAUGUUUUUCCAAAAUAUACUAUUGAAGUGCUGUAAUAUUUAUGAAACUUAAAUGCCUUCCCUGUUGAAAAAGAAGGCCACUCAUUUCACAGUUCGGGAAUGGCACAGUUACAGAUGGGCUUAGACACCUGCACCAAUGAGGCCAUAGGCCUUUUAGCCCAGGAGGCCUCGGAGCUGUGGCGGGAUGCUGAGGCUGGCGGCGGGGCUGCUGAAGGUUGAGAGGACCUGGAGACAGACGUGUUAGGGACAGACUGGUGGCUCAGAUGCUCACCUGGGGGAUAGCGUGACCUGUCUGGCUGAACCUAUGUUGUAAGCUCCUAUUUGCCUUUCUCAUUUUAAGCAGAAAUCAAUAAAUUCCAUAACCACCUGCAUUUACUGAAAUGUGAGCUGGUGGGAGGAGACUGGUCCUGCAGGUCAGUCAGGUGCUGUUUUCACAGCCCUGUCUGGUCAUCUGUGUUGCUCUGUCCCCUAAUUAGUGACCUGUAUAAGCUUCCAGGCAGUUUUCACAAACACUAAAGUAACACUAAUAAGAAGGCUUAAUACCACUCUUUGUGAGAGGCUGCUUUGAAAUGACUUUCCAGUCUGUUUCACAUUAGCAGUGUGUACACUACUGUAUAUAACCGUUAGCUUUAUUAUCUUGUAAACCAGGAUCCUCUGAAGAGACUUCGGUGAAACGAACAUGAGGUAAAAAUCUCAUCAUUCGGCAAAAAGUGCAAUAUGUGUGGUACUUUAUUUUUUGUUUGUGCUCUUUUUUUAAUCCAGGAGUAUUAGUCUCUGCUUCGGGAAAAAUGCACUAGUUCUGCAGUUCCCAGCUGGGCAAGUGUGUCUCUAGUAUUUACAUGCAACUGAUGUGCUGGUCCCUGUAAGGCAAAUAGAGCGGGUUAGCACAAUGGAAAGGGGGUGGGUGUUCCAUUUUCAAACUCCUGCUGAGUGACGCUGACCAUCCCCAGCUGCCCCCUCCCACCUCUGCCCUCUCAGUCCUGCGGUGGCCUUGCUCCCUUGGGAGCAGAGAAAGGGGCAGAAGGCUCACCAACCACCCUAAACUGUCACUUCAUGAGAAACUCCUGGGUCCCACAAAGGGAGGAGCAGGAAAUGGAACUUGCUCUGACAGGAACGAAACCCCUUCCUUUCCAUAUCAGGCUGCCUGCUAGGAAAGAGUCCCUUUCUUCCUCAGCAAUAAAGAGCUCCUGUUUGCACUGUGUGCUGAGUUGGUUAGGUGGGACUGACUGGCAGGAGCCUGGGAUUGGGACUAAAGUCUGCCCUUAACCUCAGAGGCCCCAGGGUCACGGGGGGGGGGGGGGGGGGGGGGUGAGUAUCGCUCUCCAGCCGACUGAGCUGCAGACAGGACCCUCGAGACACUGGGCUCUCCCACUCUGCCCCCACACUGAGCAGUACCUUAAAGGGGGGACUCGGUGAGAAAAAAAUUCUACCUAAUUGCUAGGGCUGGGAAGAAAGGUGUCUUCUCAGCUCGAGAGUGAUUGGGCGGCCAACCAGAAAGCAGAAAGUAAGGAGAGGCAGAAAGCGGCAGCCUCCCGUUAGAGUUGGCCGGGGCCCCAGGGUGUGACGACAGGAGCAGCCCGACCGCGUGCGUGCUGCUCGCACCCUGACGAAAUGAACGGCUCCCUCUGCGGGGUCCUCAGAUCCCCAGUGAAGUCCUGAAACAUCGGGUUCUGUGUCGGGGUCAGAAUUCUCAGCUGUGGGUUACAUUUAAAAACCUGUGUCUACUGACAGUCGUACUUCAUAAGCUCCAUAUUGCUUUAACACUCCAGGUAACUUUUUCACAUUCCUCCUCCUCCAGAGACAAUGCAUAAGGUCUUUAAUGACACUGGUCCCCGGGACCAGCCAGCCACCCCUGAGCGGGGCUGACCUUGGCUGCAUCUGCACCAUAAACCCGGCAGCCUCUGCUGCCUCCUCUGAAGCCACCUGAGCUGCUCGGUGUCUUUGUGCCUGGACAUCAAAGGUAAAUACUAGAGAACAGGUAGUAAGUUGGGGUCAUUGCACAGGCAGAGGUAUUUGAUCAUUUCGUUCCUUCUGGAAAUUUUGAAAGAACUUAUCUUCAGAGUGAUGUAGGGGAGACAAGAGCAGUACUCUCUGCCUCUGUUUCUAAAUUGAACCCAAAGAACUUUUUUAAAUUUAUGUAUCCCUUCUGACAGGUUCAGCAGUGCAGUCCUCCCCGGCCUGUGGCCCUGGUUUCAGGGCCCUUCCUUUCAGCCUGUGGCUCCGGGGAAGCAGCAGGGUGGACCGGGCAGACCUCCUGGGGCUCCUUUUGGCCCCGGAGUCCCUAGUCUAACAGUGCUCCUCACACACUGGUUUUAUCUUUCCCCAUUAAAAAGUAGCCUGGCUGAUUGCAGGAGUUUAUAGCCACCCUAGUUGUAGCACCAUCUUAUGCCCACACCUCAUGUGGGCAGACUUCAACACAUUUCACAGGAGUGGGCACAUAGGAUUGCACAGAUUGAGAAACAGGCAGCAGCAGUGCCUCUGUACUUAGCCAGCCAGUGAGAAUUCUGAUGCUUCCUGCCCAGAUACUCAGCUUGCCUGUCCCAACCAAGCGCUUUCAUAAUAAUCUCUCCUAAUCCUCACAGUUCUCUGAAACUGGCCGGGCAGACAGAGUCCUCAUUUUUUGUAGCUGAGGAAACCACGGCUCUUGGAAGUCUGUGUGACUUGUCCGAGGGCACCACACUGGUAAGGGGGGACACAGCACAAGUUCUGGGGUUCGCUGGCUUCUCACUGCAUAUCCUUCCCCAUCAUCAGUGGUAGGGAAUUCUUUUCAUGAGCAAACAGCUAGAUAUGCAAAGCCCCCAUCUUGGCAAAGCACUAGGUGAAUGUGACACUGUCUCCUCAACCUUAUUCUCCCCUGGAUAGCUGCCUCCAGGUGACAGCAGCAGCUGCCCAUGUGGCUCCCCCAUGAGCAAGGCGGAGGGAAGAGACACAGCCGCCGUGGACUGCCAUCCGUCUAAUGUCCAGUUAAUUACAGAAGUUUAGGUUCACAUUAAAGAUGUUUAGUUUUUCAAGUUACACAACACAAUAUGGUAAUUUCCUGCAGAAGUACGUGCUAGAAGGACACACUCUUCCUCGACUGCCAAGGGGCCAGACGCCCAGCCUCCUGCCCAUCCCCGCAGGCCAACAGACUCAACACCAGGGAAGGGGGCUGCUCAGAGAUGAGACCAAACUCAGCCUGGUCCUGAGGAGGGGUGUGCUGUUUUACAUUUAAGGCCCUUCCAGUAAAAGUACAUAUUAGACAUUUUUAUGAUUUAAAAAGUUAACAUACUUUGAUACUUUGCCCUCUCAGAGGCAAAGUGGGUAGGUAGAGCGAGCUUUAAAAAAAAAAAUAGCAUCCUGGAAAAAGGGCCCCAGAUUGCAGUAACGUUACAUUAGCAAGUGCAGGUGACUGGGACUUGCCACUGGCUGUGUGACGCCCUUCUGUUCAAAUUUACUCCACCAGGGAAAUUCAAAUGGCAACAUUGUCCCACGACUACUGGUAAAAGAAUCUGCCUCCCCCAAACCUCUGAAGGGAAAAGCAGCAGACAGAGAAGGAAGAUUGCUUCCCUUUUGGGACUGCAGUUUAAGAAAUAGAAGUGAUAGAGAUAUUUGCACUUUGUAGAAAAGGCAAGAUGAUUUGCUUAUUUCUGAAAGGAGAAGGGUGGUUUCUGCUGGAUGUUUGGUCUGUAAAAGAAUUACUUUUCAUAAAGUUAAUCUAAUUGUAGUUUUUUUUUUCUGUGUGCUUUUUUCUUUUAAUGACUAAGGAAUAAAUGGUGAGAGUUCAAUAGCUUUGGUAUUUUAAGUGCAAAUCAUAAUAGUUCCAAUGUGAAAAAAAUCAAAAUGUAACCUGUCACUCAAUGUUAGAAAAUAGCCUAAAAUGCAGUUUAAUAAAUGAUCUUUGUAUCAAACAUUAAUUUAAAUGGGGCAAUUUUCUGCAAGAAAAAUAUACUGUUUUUACAUUUCCAACACUCUUGAAUUAAAAUAAAAGCAACUUAUUUUCUAA